AUCUGGAGUGCGUGCGUUACCUGCGGUUUGUAGGGUGGAGUUAUUACGUUGUUUAGUUGUUCGAUGGAUGAGGAAACUACAAUAGCCUCAUUGGCUCUCCACGUUGUUGUUUCACCUAUAUUAGAUCAGAUUGAGCAGAGAAAUCUAGCUGCUGGACAGACAUUACGCGCAGCGUUUAAUAAGGUUGAAAAAGCAAACCCCGGAUUUACGCAAGACUUCCUUGCCGGUCUAAUAGAUGCGGAGAGAGCGAGUGUUAACUUGACUGAAGCUCUGCUGCGACUUUCAUGCAAUGAUGUUGAAGUGUACACCUUAGACAGACAAGAGCCAGAAUUUGUUCAACUAAGUGAAAGAGCAAAAGCUCUCAAAGGAAUAUUGAGUAGAAUUCCUGGGGAAAUCAAUGAUCGUUCUCGUUUUCUUCAGACAAUCAAGGAUAUUGCUGGUGCAAUCAAAGAAUUGCUAGAUGCAGUGAACACGGUUUCAAAGGCACACCAAGACACAGAGCAGAUGAGUAAAUAUAAGAGAAUGUUGGAACAAAACAAGAAAAUAUUUGUGAAGCAUUCAAAAAGCUUCAGUGACACAUUGAAGCGUUACUUUAAAGAUGGACAGUCAGACAACGUGUUUCUAAGUGCCAAUCGUCUCAUCAACCAGACAAAUGCUUUGCUAAGAAUUUUCAAAGUUGCCAGUGUGUGACAACUUCACAAGUAUGUACUAAAGCGCACUCUUUCGUCAGAUAUAGUAAGAGCAUUGUAUUGUUGAAAUUGUAAUACUAGCAAUUAGUACUUCUGGUUUUAAACUGUAUGAUUCAUAUGAGUGGGCACUAUA